AUGAGUGAACUUUCUUUCUCAACUACAGAAAAAAUCCAACAACUUGAGACUCAGCAAAUUUACGCCUACAAAAUGUUUGUUAACUACGUCAACUCUGACAACCCUUUUGUUGACGAUUUGCUCCACGACUUAAAAGAUGGAUUGGUUCUCGCGAAGUUUCUUCGAAACUUAAGUUGUAAAAACAUUCCAACUAUCAUCAGGAAGCCGACUAAAGAUAUCGAGAAGCUUCAAAACCUCUCUGAAAUUAUUCGUGUUGUCAAGGAUGAAGGUGUUAAAACCUCUGCAGCCUCUGACGAAAUUUUUAAUGGGAAUAAGAAAGCCAUAUUGUCGUUAUUGUACCAAUUGAUGUAUAAAUUCCGUCUUGGAAAUUGCUCUGUGAGGAUGGUCGAUUUCACGAAAUGGGUGAAAGGAAGAAUUGGCGUGAAAGACCCCGAAUUUGAUUUGAAACAAUCACUGGCCGAUGGCAUCAUAUUUGCGCAAUUAUUAAAUUAUUUGCAAAGUGGCGUUAUUGAUAUAUCCACAUUAGAAGGAAGUAAUACAGAAAAGGUACAGAAAUGUAUUGAUGUUGCUUAUGCGCGUCUGAAUAUACCAAAACUGAUAAUGGCGGAUUAUGUUGCACAAGGGACUGUUGAUGACUACUGUCUUUAUGUCUAUUUAACUUUCUUUAUUAUGAAAGAUACACAUUUUGAAGACAAUGAAGUGAUGAACGAAAUUGCAAAGAACUUGAGAGAAAGAAAACUACAAGCGCGAACAACUUUACGAGCGCGAGUUGCUAACACCAUUCAAAGAAUGUUGGACUGUGUUAAAAAUGUGAAGAUCAAAUACCCUAAUAUGGAUGAUGAAAACAUCCCAGAAGAAGCUAAAGAACUCAUCCCAAUGGAAGAGAGUCUUCAGAAAUUACUUAACGACUUCAUGAAUGUUAAAAUGGAUGAGAAUAACGAAGAAAUGCUUUUUGAUAUUGUGAAUGACCCAAACAUGUUGAUGUUAAAAGACUGGGAAGAGAAGGUCGGUAAGCAAGAAGAGUUAAUUAAAAACUUGACGACGGGUCUUGAAAGAGGUAAACGGAGAAAAAUGUUCCAAUCGAUGAAGGAAGUCAGUUCUGCAACGGACUUGACAUCACCAAUCGUGAAAGAGUUGGCAGAGAAAAAGAAGCAACUUGAUGAUAAAAAUCGAGACAUAGAAGUGUUAAAGAAAAUGCGAAUGACAUCAGAAGAAGAUAAGAAGAAGCUUGAAGAGGAAGUUAAAGAGCUUACCGUGAAGAUUGAAGAGUUACACAAGAAAGUAGAAGCCUCAGAAGAGCUUCAAACUGAAAUUGAAACUUUGAAGGAAAAAGUGAAAGACAAAGAAGCAUUAGAAAAGCAAUUAGAACUUAUUACAAAUGAAAGUGAAUGUUUUAAAAGUAAUUGCGAACAAUUGAAAAGUGAAAUUGAAAGAAUGAAAAAAGAACAAGAAGACGUCGAAACAACACAUAAAACACAAAUAGAAGAACUUAACUCUCAAAAUGAACAGCAACAGAAAAGUAUCGAUGAGUUUAAUAGUUUAAUUCAACAACAAGAAAAAGAAAAGGAAACUAUUGUUUCUAACCUUCAAGAAAAAGAAGCGAUGAUUAAAGAAUUCGAUUUGAAAAUUCAGACUUUCGAGACGGAGUGCGAGAAAAUGAAAACAACAAAUGUGGAGUUAACAACACACAAUGAAAAAAUUCAAAGUGAUUUCAAUGAAUUAACAAAGAAACACACUGAAGAAAUACAGAAAUCGGAACAGCAAAUAAAUGAAAAGGAAAAACUCAUUGAAGAACUAACAACGUCAAACAAGAGCAAAGAAGAACAAGUCGAAGAGCUUAAGACGAAGAUGAAAGACUCGAUGGGUACACAAUGCGAAAUUGUUCAAGAACUUGACAAAACGAUACAAGACAACAAAGACUUACACAACCAAAUUGAAGUACUUCGUUCUCAAGUCGACAAUUUACUUCAACAAACUGAAGAAGAAAAGGAAAAAGGCAAAGCACAAGUCGAAGACAGUGAAAAGAAAAUCCGUGACGUGUUAAAUACUGUCAGUGAAAAGGACAAAGUGAUUUCUGAAUUACAAAAACAAAUAGAAACACAUCAAACAGACAAAAAUGACAUUCAAAAGCAACUCGAACAGUUGAAACUCGAGAACGACGCUUUCAAACUCCAAAUUUUCACGUUGACACAAGAGAAGGAGAAUGAGAGGAAAAUGACAGAAGAGGCACAGGAACGCUUGAAGAAAGAAAUGGACGACAAGCUUCGCGAAUUGGAAGACUUAAAAGGACAAAGCAAAUCAAAGGAAGAAGACUUCUCGCAACUCAAAAUCAUCAUCGACGGUCUUUCAAAAAGUCUUGGCGAGAAGACGGCAGCUGUGAGUGAGUUGACAAAUGAGAAGACUCGCAUAGAAGAAGAGAAAAUCAAGACCAAAAUCGCUUGUUCUGACUUAGCAAAACAGCACGAAGCCGAUCAACUCACAAUCCAAAAGAUGACAAAGACCCUUGAGAAAUUAGAGAACGAUUACAUCGAAGAUAAGAAGUAUUACAGCACACUAGAAAUGGGCUACAAAAACAAAGAACUGUUCUCUUUGGACAAAGAAGAUGACAGACGUGUACUCUUCAACUCGUUAGCACUUGCAAUCAAAAUUGUGAUGCCAAAGCAAAUAGUCCUUGAUAACACAAUGUUGUACGAGGAAUGCCUCGCCGAGAAAGUUCCGUUGAAGGAAUGGAACUUGUGGCUCGUUCGCAGACUCCACGGAGAAAAGUGA